AUGAAUGUCACAUCAGCAGCUGGGAUAUUAUCCCUUCUCGAUGAACCCCGUCAUGAUAUAAAAACUUUUGCUUUAAGAAGAUUAGACAGUAUUGUUGACGAAUUCUGGCCAGAAAUAUCCGAAUCCAUAGAGAAAAUUGAAGUUUUGCAAGAAGAUCCUGUUUUCAAACAGCGCGAACUGGCCGCUUUAGUGGCUAGUAAAGUCUAUUACCACUUGGGAUUUUACGAUGAUUCUCUUUCAUAUGCUCUGGGAGCAGGAACUUUAUUUGAUGUGUAUUCAAAUAGCCAAUACGUCGAAACAAUGAUAUCAAAAUGCAUCGAUCAAUACAUUAAAUUAAGACAAGCUUUAAUCGACGAGAAGAAACUGGAUACUAAGAUUGAUGCAACAUUAGAAUCCGUUGUCAACAAAAUGUUCCAGAGAUGCUUAGCGGAAAAUCAAUUCCAGCAUGCCCUGGGCAUUGCUUUAGAGGCUAGGCGAUUAGAUAUAUUUCAAGCUGCAAUAAUUAGAUCCGGGGACAUAUACAAAAUGUUAAAAUAUGCAUACGAUGUUUCUAUGAAUUUAAUACAAAACAGAUCCUUUAGAAACACGCUAUUGCGUAAACUAGUCGAUCUGUACGGAAGCUUAGCUACGCCGGAUUACAUUAAUGUUUGUCAAUGCCUCAUAUUUCUGGACGAUGCAAAUAGUGUCGCACGAAUUUUGAGUCGCCUGGCUGCUGGUGAAAUGGAAGAUGAACUAACCGCGUACCAAAUCGCUUUCGAUUUGUAUGAAUCUGCAACGCAGGAGUUUCUAGGUUUGGUCAUGGAUCAUUUGCAUCACGCGAAAGAAUCCCCAAUUGCGAAUAACGUUGGGACCUCAUCAAACACGGGAUUCGAUUCGAAUACAAUCGAUGUUCGGGAAUAUGAUGCGAACAUAGACAAACUAAAGACAAUACUAUCCGGGGAGAUUUCCAUACUUUUACAUCUACAAUUUCUGAUCCGUGCCAAUAAAACUGAUUAUCUAAUAUUGAAACACACCAAGGACUCAGCCAGGCCCAGUAUUUGUCAUACGGCCGUGGUGAUUGCUAAUGCAUUCAUGCAUUCCGGUACUACGAGUGAUUGCUUCUUGAGGGACAAUUUAGAAUGGUUAUCGCGCGCCUCAAAUUGGUCAAAAAUGACAGCUGUCGCUUCACUUGGAGUUAUUCACAGGGGCCACGAAAAGGACGCUUUGAAUUUCAUGCAAACUUAUUUACCUAAAGAGUCAGGUCCUACUGCAGGAUACACGGAAAGCGGAGCUUUAUAUGCGCUUGGAUUGAUACAUGCUAAUCAUGGCUCUAAAAUUACACCAUACUUAUUACAACAACUAAAGGACGCUCCGAAUGAAAUAAUAAAGCAUGGAGGAUGUUUGGGAAUUGGAUUAGCUGCAAUGGGGACUCGAAAUGAAGAUAUUUAUGAACAAAUUAAAUUCAAUUUGUAUCAGGAUGAUGCGGUUGUCGGAGAAGCGGCCGGUAUAGCUAUGGGUUUGAUAAUGCUAGGAUCAAAACAUGGAGAAGCCAUUGAAGAUAUGGUCGCAUACUGUCAUGAAAGUCAACACGAAAAAAUCUUGCGGGGUUUGGCUGUGGGGAUCGCAUUAACAAUGUUCGGCCGUUUAGAAGAAGCGGACGAUUUGAUAAGUCGUUUGGUUUUGGACAAAGAUCCAAUUUUACGACGCUCUGCGAUGUACACAGUGGCCAUGGCGUAUUGUGGAACCGGCAAUAAUUUGGCUAUACGUCGCCUCCUUCACAUUGCUGUCUCCGAUGUCAACGACGAUGUGCGUCGCGCCGCCGUGACAUCAUUGGGAUUCCUGCUAUUCAGGUAA